AUUCUGGUUCCUGUGUCUUCAUUCUGAACACCAUUUGUCUCUUCUUUCACUCUCUCUUCUGUGACUCAUCAAUGGCUGCCUCAGGAGAGGGAAUUCACAGUGGCCAUGAAUGAAUAUCUUCUUUCAUAGCUUUUUUUUCUUAUCUAGCAUUUUUGCUUUUCUGCAUAUUCAGUUUCAAUGAGUAACUCACUACACUUGAGGAAUGGUGGUAGUGGAUUCAGUGCUGAAAUGAAUGUUUUUCCUUUAGCUUCUGUUCCUGUUCUUGCUCUUCAGUGUUCAAAAACUUUAAGGUUCAUGGGUCAUGUUGGAGGAACAGAAAUUGAAUGUUCUGACAUGCCCUUUAAGAAUUUGAACUCCUCACUGAUCCAAAACCAGGAGAAAGAAGAAGAAUCUUUUGGGAUUCAGAAAAAGGACUUGUCUUUGAGACCUGGUGAAGAACUUGAAGCUAAGGGUUCUUCAUUGGCAGAGAAACUUAGACAGACCAAGCUUUGUGCAAGAGGACAUUGGAGGCCAGUUGAAGAUGCCAAACUUAAAGACCUUGUUGCACAAUUGGGACCUCAAAAUUGGAACUCCAUAGCAGAACAUCUUCCAGGAAGAUCAGGAAAAAGUUGCAGAUUGAGGUGGUUUAAUCAGUUAGAUCCUAGAAUUAACAGAAAGGCUUUCAGUGAGGAAGAAGAAGAGAGACUCUUGAAUGCUCACAAAGUGUAUGGUAACAAAUGGGCCAUGAUUUCUAGACUCUUCCCUGGUAGGACUGAUAAUGCAGUGAAGAAUCAUUGGCAUGUGAUCAUGGCUAGGAGGCAAAGGGAAAAGUCAUCUGUCUUCAGAAGGAGAAAACCCACAUUUCAGAUCCUUCCACCAAAGGAUUUUGAUUUGAUCUUGCCACUGAAUGGAGGCAGUGAAUCAACCAUUUCAAGCACCAUCAUUGAUGAAUCUCCCUCAACAGGAACUAACCUCUCUUUCACUCCCUCUUUAGCCAAACCAACUCCUCUGUCUUUCCUAAACCAUUGUCAUGUUCAGAAUCUCCAAACUUUUGGUGGUUCUCUAAUGGGUUUAUCUGGAGAAAGCAGAAAAGCACUGAGAGAAGUGAGUUUUGGGAUGUAUUUUGGUGGUUGGAGGGAUUCAUUUGAGGUUGGACAGAUGGGUGUGGAUCAAUCUAAUUAUUCAGAGUCAAACUCAUCAGAAGUUUCAGUAUCUGAGUCAAUUGCCACCAACAACACUACCAAUCUCUCAAUUUCUGGGGAAAAUGAAAACAUGGGUAAUAACAAGGCCAACAAAAUCAUAUUCAUUGACUUUCUUGGAGUAGGAGCUGCAUAAACAAAAUAUUCUGAUGGAAUGAAGAAAAAAUGCAGAGAAUGCAGAGAAAUGAAUAUGUUGUUUAGGUUUUUUCUUCAUUUUAUGUGUACAUUUUGUUCAAUAAAUGGCUAAAAUGAGCACAGAAAAAAAUAAGAGAAAAAUUAAGAAAUAAUAGAGAUACUUUUGAGUUAUGAGUGUAGGGCUUAUGCCUCUUAUUAUUCUGAAUAUAAAAAGUAUAACUAUUAUGGAACACUUGA